CACAGAAAAGAAAGAGAAGGGGCAGCAGACCUUAAGAGAGAGAGAGAAAGAAAAAACGUGAUAGAGCAUUGCCAAGGGCAUUUUCUUUGCUGUGGCUGUUUAGUCAAGGCAAUCCCACAUGGCAAAACGAGAACACUUAUAGAUUUUAGCACCAUGUCAUCAGAAGACAGCAGCUCAAGCACAGAAUGCAUCAUUUGCUUUGGUAACUAUGACAAUGUUUUCAAGCUUCCAAAAGUUCUGUGCUGUGGGCACACCUUUUGCCUGGAAUGCUUAGCUCGGAUCAAUGUUACCUCAGAGGAGCCAAGAAUCAUCAGCUGCCCUGUGUGUCGCGAGCCUACAAGAUUACCAGGAGGCAAGGGCCUACCAGCUCUAGAAAACAACCAGGACGCACUGUCUCAUCUGCCAUCCCCCUUGCAACAUGUACAGUCUGUGCGAUUCAGCCGCAACAAAGGGCUCCUAUAUGUGAAAAAACCCCAACCUAUAUCCAUUCUUAAGGAAACACCAAUCAGCACAGUAAGUCAAAGCCUGGAAAUUGGGCGACCAGAACCUAGAAUUCCUCAGCAUGCUGCAAUAAACCAUAGGAUCCUGUUGACCUCUUGGUGGUUCUAUGCAGGUGUAAUUGGCAUUUUGCUUCUUGUUUUGGCCAUUAUUUUAGCUAGCAUCUUUGUCUUUGUCAUUUCUCCAUCUUACAACGGUGGCAGACAACACUCUUCACAGAACAGUGUCACUGAGGUAAAUUCAUCUCAUAGCCCCUAAGUAUAAAAUGUGCCAAAAUAUGAUGUAGACUUGUAAAUUGUUGCUGCAAGCUCAUGAACCACAGUUAUGUUUCAGCUUUCUUCAAUAUGCUGCACUUUGAACUCUGAUCUCAAGAAAUAAUUGUGCAUUUCUUCUACUAAUUUGGACUGUCAUGAGCUUUCAGAAAGAGGGUUAUUACAGCAGCCUUGACCUUUGCAAAUUGUAGCAAAAACAAUUAGAAAAGUAACAUCCAGGCUAGAAACUCAAACCCUUUGGAUGUUCAACUAGUCAACAUCAUCUGAAAGGAAGAAGCUGGUAUCAAAGUAAUUAAACUAAUAGAAGUAAUGAGUGCAGUUAGAAAAAUGGAAGCAACUACUUGGUGAUGGUGACUGGUAUUAACAAACAAUAACCAGCUAACCUGCACUAAACAUAGGUGAUAUAAGACAGAGACCAUUGUCUUGCCAAAUUCCCUGUUAUGAGUGAAGUGCUGGAAAAGAAAACAUUGCCCUGGCAGAGGUGACAUUGCUGAUAAAAAGAGUACUCACUAUUCUUGGAGAAAAUGCAUUGCCUUCCCUACCUCAUAGGCAUAACUAUUAUGAAUGCAUCAACAAUGCAGCCAAUUACAACAAUUUUAAAACAAGUUGGUCUUUAUAGGUACAUGUUCUGAGUUUUAUUGUGGCUUUUUUUUUUUUCUUAAUUCCUUUUUUCAUUUUUUUGUUUGUUUAUUUAUUUCCCUGGUGCCGUCCCACUCUUUUUCUAUUUGCAGUUUCUAACCGUCUUUGCUCCACCUUCCCUUGUCAUAUGUCCUUCAUGCUUCCCCACCAUCUUGAUUCUCUUUGAAUUUAAACUAGAAAUUUUGCAGUAUGUUUUGUGACAUGCAUAAAUAGUAUCAUAAAUAAUUAUGGCGUGACAGACGACAGGUAGAUAUGAUUGCAGGUUGUAUCCACUAUUAAAGUUCCAGAGUGAGCUGUGGCAACCUGCAGUGAAGAAAAAGCUGGUUAUGAGUCCAAGGUCCCUCCCUGAAAUAUCACAUUUUAAUUUUUGCAGCACUAAUUGACUUUAUAUUCAGUAUCUUUGUUGCUAUGGUUAACAAUGACGGCAUUCAAUGUUUUACUAAAGACUUUUUGGAAAAGUGAUUUCAUUAAUUUUGUCCUCAGAUCCAUCUGCAGAUUUCAUUUACGUCACUCCAGCCUGACAUGAUGUGAUUAUAUGAACUAACACUUAAAACUGUUGACCCUGGGCACCUUUAUUUAUAUAAAAGGUAAGGUAAAGGUGCAAUUUACAGCAUUAAUUAAUGAUGAACAAAUUCAUGGGUUUGUUACAAAUUAGUGUAAAAGUUGUACCCAUAUAUGAGUUCUGAUAGGAGUCAAGGGGACAGCUUGCUCCUUAAUGCAAUGAUAGUAAAAUGUGAAGUUUGUGUAUGAGGGUAUUUUAUUCUCUGACUCAAGACAGCAGCAGCUAUCAUUUUCUUUAUAAUCUGAAUUCUUUUUCCAUUUUUAAGUGCAAAGCUUGUACGUAAUGGAAUGAGUGUCAUUCUGUAAAGAAAAUAAACUUGUACAUUUUAUUUGUUAUCAUGUAUGUGAUUUAAUAUAACAUUCCUAAACGGAAAAUGGAUAAUAAAACACAUUAUUUUUCUCCAUCUUA